CCGAGCGUGCGGGCUGAGCGCCAUGCGCCGCGCCAGCCGAGACUACACCAAGUACCUGCGCGGCUCCGAGGAGAUGGGCAGCGGCGGCUCCGGCGCCCCGCACGAGGGCCCCUUGCACGCCCCGCCGCCCUCGCCGCCGCCCUCGCCACCCGCCCCGCACCAGCCCCCCGCCGCCUCCCGCUCCAUGUUCGUGGCGCUCUUGGGGCUGGGGCUGGGCCAGGUGGUGUGCAGCGUCGCCCUGUUCCUGUACUUCCGAGCGCAGAUGGAUCCUAAUAGAAUAUCUGCAGAUGGUACUCACUGCAUUUAUAGAAUUUUGCGACUCCAUGAAAAUGAGGAUUCACAAGAUGCUGCUCUGGAGAGUCAAGACACGAAAUUAAUGCCUGAGUCAUGUAGGAGACUUAAACAGGCUUUUCAAGGGGCUGUGCAAAAGGAAUUACAGCAUAUUGUUGGGUCACAGCAACACAUCAGAGCGGAGAAAGCUGUAGUGGGAGACUUGUGGCUUGACCUGACCAAGAAAGGCAAGCUUGAAACUCAACCUUUUGCUCAUCUCACUAUUAACGGUACCAACAUCCCAUCAGGUUCCCAUAAAGUGAGUCUUUCCUCUUGGUACCAUGAUCGAGGUUGGGCCAAAAUCUCCAACAUGACUUUCAGCAAUGGAAAACUGAUUGUUAAUCAAGAUGGCUUUUAUUACCUGUAUGCCAACAUUUGCUUUCGCCAUCAUGAAACUUCUGGAGACCUGGCGACAGAGUAUCUGCAGCUGAUGGUGUAUGUCACCAAGACCAGCAUCAAAAUCCCGAGCUCUCACACUCUCAUGAAAGGAGGGAGUACCAAGUACUGGUCAGGGAAUUCUGAAUUCCAUUUUUAUUCCAUAAACGUCGGGGGAUUUUUUAGGUUGCGAUCGGGUGAGGAAAUAAGUGUAGAAGUGUCCAAUCCUUCUCUUCUGGAUCCAGACCAAGACGCAACGUACUUUGGGGCUUUUAAAGUUCGGGAUAUUGAUUGAGCCCUACUCUUUGUGGCAUAUGAUCAUAUGUUUCCUAAAUGUCUGGGGACCUUUUUUUUUCCAGAAGACAAGGAAAAUGUAUAUAGGUGGAUGAGACUACUAAGAGACAUGGCCCACAUGGUACAAGACUGCUCAUGCUCUUGACCUCAGGGAGAGCAUAGACUACAAUAUUCAGAGCCAGUAGGCCGUGUUGGACUCCUAAUAUGUAACACAAUGGUUUUAUGAUUUUGUAAUGAAUUCCUAGAAUUAAACCAGUGUGGAGCAAUGAUGGAUGCCUGUGAAGAACUACAUGUGGGCUUGUGGGAGGAUUUAGUUCUUGGAACGUCACCUGUGGUUUUGAGCCACUUUACAGCUCGAGUGGAGUGACCAUCUGGAGGGUUAAGUUCUUUUGGAUUGUUACAUUGUGCUGGAACCUGCAAACAAAUACUUUUUUUCUAACAAGGAGAGAAAAUAUAUGUAUUUUUAUACAAUAUCUAAGGUUAUAUUUCAGAUGUAAUGUUUCCUGUGCAAAAUAUUGUAAAUUAUAUUUGUGCUAUAGUAUUUGAUUCAAAAUAUUUAAAAUUGUCUCACUUGUUGACAUAUUUAAGGUUUUUAAAUGUACAGAUGUAUUUAACUGGUGCACUUUGUAAAUCCCUUGGGGAAAUAUUCUAGAAAAGUGGGGAACAUUUGUUUUCUAGUACCAAAUGUAGUAUAUUUCUUCAUUCACUUUAGCUUUAAUAGGUUUUUCCAGACUUGUCAAACCUGUACAAAAAAUUAAAAUAGAUGCAUAGAAUAAUAAGCAGGAUGUUGGCUAGCAGGUGCCUUUCAAAUUUAGAAGCUAAUUGACUUUAGAAAGUUGACAUUGCCAAAAUGGUACAAAAUGGGCUACUGAAAACUGUCAGGAAUAUUUAUAAUUGUUGAACAGGUGUUUUUAUUUUCCUAUGAGUGCUGCAAAUUGUAAACUUGGUGUUUUUUUAAAUAGAAAAGUUAUUAUCUAUUAUCUGCAAAAAAAAUCCAAUUUUUA